AGCAGGAUGGACGUUCUUCGACCCACCCUGAUAAACAUCAGGGGCCGAAUAUACAGGAAGAAUCUCAUUCAAGAGCAGGCCUACCAGCACGAGGAGGAGGAGGAUUUCUGUGCAGGCCCCGCUGACUGCGCAGACGAACCCUGUGAUGCCUUUGCGGUGGAAGAGACUGAGAAAGGCUUCCGGUGCAGACUGGAGGUUCCCAGCCCCUUGUACAAGUAUGUCAUUGGGAAGAAAGGAGAAACCAAGAAGAGACUAGAAACAGAGACUCGAACCUCCAUCAGCAUUCCCAAGCCUGGAGUGGAAGGAGAAAUUGUGAUCACAGGGCAGCACCGCAGCGGCGUCAUCUCCGCCCGCACACGGAUCGACGUUCUCCUGGACAGCUUCCGUAAGAAGCAGCCCUUCACACACUUCCUGUCCUUCGCUCUCAACCAGCCCGCCGUCCAGGAGAAGUUCCUGCAGUUCAAGGAGGAAGUGUUGGAGAAAUGCUCCAAGGAUCACGGGGUCAGCAGCAGCCUGUUCCAGAACCCUGCAAAGCUUCACCUGACUCUUGGGACGCUGGUACUUCUGAACGAGCAAGAGAUCCAGAAAGCGUGUGACCUCCUACAGCGAUGCAAAGAGGACUUUGUGGA